CGGCAAAGAGGAAGUCGGAAUAAGAGCAACAUGGCGACUGCUUUGGAAGAUACGCUGGACCUGGUAGCAACAGAUGAAGGCCCUUCUCUGAAGUGGCCUCACUGGGACCCAUGUCACUGUAAAGAUUGGGACAAAGAAAAACCUACGCAGCAAUGUAUUCUCAGAAUUAAGCGAGAUAUCAUGACCAUCUACAACGAGCCGCCGCCGGGGAUGUGCAUUGUGCCUGACAAGGAGGACAUCACAAAGAUCCAUGCCUUGAUAACUGGCCCGUUCGACACCCCAUAUGAAGGAGGGUUCUUCUACUUCCUCAUCCGUUGUCCCCCAGACUACCCCAUCCACCCGCCCCGGGUGAAGCUCAUGACAACGGGGGACGGGCGUGUUCGAUUCAACCCUAACCUCUACAAGAAUGGGAAAGUGUGCCUUAGUAUCAUCGGAACAUGGUCUGGCCCUGCCUGGAGCCCCGCCCAGAGCCUGUCCACAGUUCUCAUAUCAAUCCAGUCUCUGCUCAACGAGAAGCCCUACCACAACGAACCUGGAUUUGAAAGGGAAAGGAAUGCAGGUGACGCCAAGCGAUACAACGAGAUCAUCUGUCACGAGACACUGCGUGUGGCAGUGUGCGACAUGCUGGACGAUCACUCCGUCUGUCCCUCUGCCCUCAAGGAGGUGAUGGAGAAGUCGUUCCCAACGUACUACGACUACUACGAGUCCAUCUGCACCAAGUACAGCCACCAGCAGGGGCAGACAAUGCAGGAUCCAUUUGGAGAAAGGAGGGGGAUAUUUGACUACCAAGGCAUAAAGAAAAGACUGGAUGUGAUAAAAGCUAAGCUUGAUGAAAACUUGGACAAUUCCUCGGAUAACGACGACCUCUCUGAUUCAGAAACUGAGACAGCCCCUGCAUCCCAGAGCUGACAUCCUACACAACUGUGCUAGUGACACUUUAAAUGUGUGUGUGUGUAUGUGCCAUUGUAGCUCCAGAAGAUCAUAUGACCCUACAGGACCAAUGAGCGUGUCUGGUCUGCAGGCUUGACCAAUCAGCUUCCACCUACACUUAAGCCCUGUAUCUGGCACAGUAAUAAUGGCCAGCACCUGACACUGACAGGGACACACUGACCGUGUUGAGUGUCGGAGUGGUCAAGUCACACACAGCCAAUGAGCUUUCAGUCACACUUGUACUGACGUGUGUCUACAGCUGAGAUAUGUUUGAACAAUGUCAAAAACAAGCUGACAAGUGUUUCAUUUUAAACAGCCAUAGGGCUUUCAUUUCUAUUUGGACAAGGAGGUGGAAAUAUGAUGAUGAUGAUGAUGAUGAUGUUGAAAUAUGAUGAUGGUGUUGAAAGAUGAUGAUGAUGAUGGUGUUGAAAUAUGAUGAUGAUGAUGAUGAUGAUGAUUGUAUCAUUGACGAGUUCAGUCCGCCUGAACGAAGAGUUGUCCUACAUGUUCCAUAGGUUGGGACCACAGUUGUUGUAGAGAGUUUUUGGAACGAACGAUCAAAGAUCAAUGGAAAACAUAGGGAAAAUGAUAUACUGACACACUUUGAAAACACAUAAUCAACUUUAAAAUGAAAUCAGAAAAAUUUGUUUUUGUGUUUAAGUCCAUCACCAAACACACUGAAUGAGAUUCUAACCCAUACAGCAAAGUUGUGUUUAAUUAUCUAUAAAAACCCAGAACAACUUCAUUUACUUUUUGUGGCCAUUCUGCCAAAUUUUACAAAAUUUGAAUAUGCCUUUUUAAGAGUGUUUCAGAAUGUGUCAUCUUUUGCAUCAGUUGAAUGAUGAAGACUGAUGACUGUGAAAAGGUUCUCCUAAACCUGGUUGUGGUGUAGAACGAUCAUCUUACAUACAUCUGUUCACAUCAAGUAUUGCUGAAAUAACAGAUGAGACAUAUUUAAUGUUGUUAUGUUUGGGUUUGGAUAUGUCAUAAAUGUUUAAUCCAUGUUUGUAUCAAUACCUUCAUGAUAUGAAGAACAGAUUAACUUGACUGUUAGGCUACAGUUCAUGUAAUGUUGGCAGAGUUGAGUGUUCACUACUUCACGCAUGUUAUGUGGCCAUAGAACUAGGAUGGUCAGUGUAAUCACCUAGUUCAUGACAAUGAUUAAUGAUCAGAUAUGAGUAUUCAUGGAGCUAAUAGUGUAUGAUAUUGCCAAAUUUUCAGCAUCUUCCCGGGCAAGAGUGCCCACUAGCCUAUAUCAAAGCCUUGUUUUCUACCUUGCCAUUUCAAGCCUACUUUCUUGGCUCAAUUGGGGCACUACCCUGUGUAGAAGAUGAGUCGUGUCUCUUGUGAUAUCCAAUCAGAUCGCUGUUCUUAUGGCUUCACAAAGUGACGACCACAUGAUAUCCUAUCAGAUCGCUGUUCUUAUUUUUAAUGGCUUCACAGUGAUGACUUCUAUGGCAGACAACCUGAUUUGCAUUCAAAUAUAUGAAAUUACUCGGGCAAGUUGAUUGAAAACUUGAACCACUUCAAAAUAUUUGUCUUAGCUUAAUUUCUUAAUGAUGUCGACGCAAAUUCGACAGACAAUGACUGUGUCAAAAGCAUCAACCACGUUUUCAGAACACGUUGAUUGGUCAAAUGUUCUCUGAUUGGACUUUGGAUAUGUGUGAGAGUUCUCUCAUAUUUCAGCACCAAAAGUAGGCUUGAUAUGGAGGGUGGAAACUACACUGAUACAGGCUAGUGGAUAUGUUUGCCUCAGCAAUCUGCAUUUCAGAUGUGUUACAUUGAUGUGUUGAUGCACGUAUAUAUGGAACUGUAUUUACUGUGAAACUGGCUCAUUCUGUCUUGUCUUGUCUCCCACAGCUUACUCACAGUGUUGAGGAUGUUAGGUGCUGCAUUAGAUAUAUACUACACACAAAAAGUAAAGAACACCCAAUUCUUUCAUAUUACUUCAGUGCCAUGACAGAUUAAGUCUAGUUUUAUGAAAAAAUCGGGUGUUCUUUAACUUUUUUUGUGUAGUAUAUAUCUAGAUCUAGUAGUAAACAGAGUAAUCAUUCCUGCUUAGAGGCCAAUAUUGAAUCACUAGACUGCAGCAAGCAUCAUUAAAAAAAAGAAAAUGGGAACUGCAAAUUUCACAAUACAAUGUUAUAGUUGUUAUAGAAUUAAUACUUUGUUACACGUUGACCAUGACAAAACACCUUUGAUUACAUAAAAAUAAGAACAAAUUU